UUUGCAUGAAGGACACAGAGUUAAAGCCCGCGUCUCUCUUCAGCAGGUAGACUGUCCAUUUCAAACAGGCAGAGAGAUGAAAGACGAGAUCGCCGCCACCGUGUUUUUCAUCACCAGGCUCGCUAAGAAGCACGGCAGAGCGGGCAGGAAGCACCUCGAGGAGUUUGCGGUUCAGCUGACGGCGAUACUGUUCGAGAGAUACAGGAGCCACUGGUACCUGUCCGAGCCGGCCAGGGGGCAGGCGUUCAGGUGCAUCAGAAUGAACCGGUACCAGCUGAAGGAUCCUCUGCUAGAGAGAGCCUGUCUGGAGAGCAGCAUGGACUAUGAGGACCUGGGCCUGCCCAAGGAGAUCACCGUGUGGGUGGACCCGUAUGAAGUGUGCUGUCGGUAUGGGGAGAGGAACCCUGUGUUCAGUGUGGCUCAGUUUGAAGGUCAGGGGGAGAAGCUGGAGCUGUCUCGGUGUAUCAGCAGUGCUGUGGAGAAGGCCACGUCAGACUACCACUCUGGGGCCUCCUCUGACGAGGACAGCUUCUGCAGCAGCAGCCAGGAGCCCAAGAGCAUCCCCACAGUCAGCAACCCCAACAGCGUCUACCAGUUCAGUGACUUCUCAACCCAGCCUGUGCAGUCCUGGGCUCCAUAUAUCAACAGGAAACAGUACCCAGCUGAGAGCUACCGCCAACACCAGCCAGCAGGGGGUGCUAGUGCCAGCAGCGGGUACAAGAGCUACAGGCCCUUGGCUGCUUUCUCCGGUCCGCGCGUCGACCGGUUCCACUGGGUCAGUAAGAAGCGCUCCUAGUGGCUUCCAUGUGACUAUCCAGCUGCACUUCAGAGCUGUGACAUGAGUGAUGUCGCUGAGGCUGUCUCUCCCUGCAGAGCGGGAGAGCACACCUCUUAUAUUGCAAGUGCUUGUAUCAAUGACUUUUUAAUGAAUCCUUCCUUUGUCUGUCUUUUUAAGCAA